AAGACAGUUCAACUCAUAGCAACAUUGAGAGCUCAGUGAAGUUCCUGCAGUAGUUGAAGCCCUGGUCUAGAACACAAUGAAUCCGAUGCGAGUGCUUAGCCUUCUGGCUUGCCUGGUCGUUGCGGCCAUGGCCGGCCCAGCCCCCCGGAUGGGCGGCAAUAGCGUCAACCAGGCGCUGAAGCCAUCCCAGUGGCUGUCCGUGCAGGAGUUGGAAUCGAUUCCCGCUGUGGAUGAGCUGACGCUGGAGCGUCUGGAGAGCAUGCCCCUCGAGAAGGGCGCCGAGCUGCUGCAGCAAGUGUAUCACUUGUCGCAGAUCAAUCACGAUGUGGAGCCCAGCUUUGUGCCUAGCAGCGUUCAGGUCUAUGUGCCCGGACCCAACGGCGAUAAGAUCGUGGCGCCCAUCAACGAGAUGAUCCACCGCCUGAAGCAGAAGCAGAACUUCGGACAGGACGAGGUCACCAUCAUUGUCACCGGCCUACCCCAGACCAGCGAGACUGUGAAGAAGGCCAACCGCAAGCUCAUCCAGGCCUACAUGCAGCGCUACAACCUGCAGCAGCAGCAGCAGCAGGCCCAGAAGUACAGCAGCAACGUCGACGAGGACAACAAGCAGCCGCGCACAUCCAGCGAGGAGGACUACAGCGAGCAGGCCAAGAAUGCCAACACCAACACUGGCGACAUUAUUGUGAUCGACUUGGGCUCCACCCUGACCAACUACAAGCGCUACGCCAUGCUGGACAUUGAGAAGACCGGCGUCAAGCUCGGCAAGUGGAUCGCCCAGCUGACCAGCGAGCUGCAGCUGCCCUAUGAGACCAUCCACGUGAUUGGCGAGAAUGUUGGCGCUCACGUUGCCGGCGCUGCUGCCAACGAGUUCACCCGCCUCACUGGCCACAAGCUGCGCCGCGUCACCGGCCUGGACCCCAGCCACAUUGUCGCCAAGAACCCCAACACCCUGACCGGCCUGGCUCGCGGCGAUGCCGAGUUCGUUGAUGUCAUCCACACGUCCGUCUACGGCAUGGGCACACCCAUCCGCAACGGCGACGUCGACUUCUAUCCCAAUGGCCCGUCCACCGGUGUUCCCGGCGCUGAGAACGUCAUUGAGGCCACCAUGCGCGCCACCCGCUUCUUCGCCGAGUCCGUGCGUCCAGGCUACGAGCGCAGCUUCCCCGCCGUGCCCGCCAACUCCCUUAAGCAGUACAAGCAGAACGACGGCUACGGCAAGCGCGCCUACAUGGGCAUCGAUGCCGCCUACGACAUCAAGGGCGACUACAUCCUCCAGGUGAACCCCAGCAGCCCCUUCGGCCGCAACGCCCCUGCCCAGAGGCAGAACAGCUACCACGGCGUGCACACCGCCUGGGAGACCAACAAGGACUUCUAGACGCCCAAUCGACUCAUCCCACGUAGACUGGACGAACAAGGCAAACAGCAAACAAAGCAAUCGAGUCUUAUGUUGCGCUUAGAGUUAAGGACCCAACAAUUGGCUAUUUCUCCCACUAAAAACUUUACAAGCAAAAUUUAUGGCAA